AUGGCAGCCCUGGCGGCCGCGGUCUCCAAGCAGCGGGCAGCAGCUGAAGGUCUGGGCUCCAACCAGAAAGCUGUGAAGUACUUGGGCCAGGACUUCGAGACCCUCAGGCAGCAGUGUUUGGACUCAGGGGUUCUGUUUAAGGACCCAGAGUUCCCAGCGAGCCCAUCAGCCUUGGGCUACAAGGACCUUGGACCAUACUCUCCCCAGACUCAAGGCAUUGUCUGGAGGCGGCCCCCGGAAUUGUGUCCCAGCCCUCAGUUUAUCAUCGGUGGAGCCACACGCACAGACAUUUGUCAAGGUGGUCUGGGUGACUGCUGGCUUCUGGCGGCCAUCGCCUCCCUGACCUUGAACGAGGAGCUGCUCUACCGGGUGGUGCCCAGGGACCAGACUUUCCAGGAGAACUACGCGGGGAUCUUUCAUUUCCAGUUCUGGCAGUACGGCGAGUGGGUGGAGGUGGUGGUGGACGACCGGCUGCCCACCCGGGACGGGAGGCUGCUCUUUCUGCACUCGGAGGACGGCAGCGAGUUCUGGAGCGCGCUCCUGGAGAAGGCCUAUGCCAAGCUCAACGGUUCCUACGAGGCUCUCUCUGGAGGGUCCACAGUGGAGGGCUUUGAGGAUUUCACGGGUGGCAUCUCUGAAUUUUUUGACCUGAAGAAGCCACCAACCAGCCUGUAUCAGAUCAUCCGGAAGGCCCUCCGCGUGGGGUCUCUGCUGGCCUGCUCCAUUGAUGUCUCCAGCGCAGCUGAAACCGAAGCUGUCACCAGCCAGAAGCUGGUUAAGAGUCACGCGUACUCUGUCACUGGAGUCGAGGAGGUGGAUUUCCGCGGCCGUCCAGAGAGGCUGAUCAGACUCCGGAAUCCGUGGGGCGAAGUGGAGUGGACAGGAGCCUGGAGUGACGAUGCCCCAGAGUGGAACGACAUAGAUCCCAGGCAGAAAGAAGAGCUGGACAUAAAGGCGGAGGACGGGGAGUUCUGGAUGUCUUUUCCGGAUUUUUUGAGGCAGUUCUCCCGGCUGGAGAUCUGCAACCUGUCCCCGGACUCCCUGAGCAGCGAGGAGGUGCACAAGUGGAACCUGCUCUUGUUCCACGGCCGCUGGACACGGGGCUGCACGGCCGGCGGCUGCCAGAACUACCCAGCCACUUACUGGACCAAUCCGCAGUUCAAAAUCCGUUUGAACGAGGUGGAUGCCCACCAGGACGAGGGCACUGAUGAGCCCUGCUGUACGGUGCUGCUGGGUCUGAUGCAGAAGAAUCGCAGGCGGCAGAAGAGGAUCGGGCAGGGCCUGCUGAGCAUCGGCUACGCCGUGUACAAGGUCCCCAAAGAGCUGGAGAGUCACACAGAUGUGCACCUGGGCCAGCGCUUCUUCCUGGACCACCAGCCCUCGGCCCGUUCCGGCACCUAUGUCAACCUGCGGGAGGUCUCCGCCCGGGUCCGGCUGCCCCUGGGGGAGUACCUGGUGGUGCCGUCCACCUUCCAGCCCUUCCAGGACGGCGCCUUCUGCCUGAGGCUGUUCUCGGAGAAGAAGGCGGGGGCCCUGGAAGUUGGAGACGUGGUGGCCGGAAGUCCCCAUGAGCCGCACCCCGGCGAGGGGGCCCGAGACGAUGGCCAGUUCCACAACCUGUUCGAGAAGCUCGUGGGGCAGGGUUCUGAGAUCGGUGCCAAUGAGCUCAAGACCAUUCUCAAUGAGACGUUUUCCAAACGAACAGACAUAAAAUUCAACGGAUUCGACAUCAACACUUGCAGGGAGAUGAUCAGCCUGAUGGACAGCAACGAGACGGGCACCUUGGAACUCGGGGAAUUCAAGACGCUGUGGUUGAAGACUCAGAAAUAUCUGGAGAUCUACCUGGAAAGCGACUUUAAUCACUCGGGGACCAUCGAAGCCUACGAGAUGAGGACAGCCCUCAGGAAGGCAGGUUUCACGCUCAGCGACCAGGUGCAGCAGACCAUCGCCAUGCGGUACGCAUGCAGCAAUCUGAGCGUUGACUUUGAUGGCUUCAUUGCUUGUAUGAUCCGCCUGGAGACCCUCUUCAAGCUGUUCAGUCUCCUGGACAAGGACCAGAGUGGCUUUGUCCAGCUCUCUCUGGCUGAAUGGCUGUGCUGUGUGUUGGUCUGA